AUGCUGGAGCCGGAGGAAAACGCAAAACAGGGAGUUAAAGAGGAAGAAGAGGCAGACAACACGAGUGUAAGCUCACAACCAGGUGGAGCUGCCUCAGAUUCACCAGGAGGACACAUCGACCCGGAGAUGGACGGGGAGGAGCGGACAGAUGUGCAACAGGAUGCUGAGGAGACUGGAUCUCCAGCUGAAAACCCCACAGACAAAAAUAGCCUUCAAGAGACUCAGGAAAGUCAAAAUACUGAAAACUCAGGAGGAACUGCUGUGCUGGAAACUGUGGAAGAAGCUCAGGAGGAGUUCCUUGUUGAUGUUGAGCAGCUGGAAGAGGAAAGAGAGAAUGUUGGAAGCUCCACAGCUACAGUGAAAGUGGUGCUGGAACCAGAGGGCCAUGUGGUGACUGUGGCGUUCCCCAUCGGACACAACAUUCAGGAGCUGAAGCGCCACCUCGCCUCAGAGCUCCGAGUUCCUGUGGAGGUGCUGCAACUCUCUCUGGAUGGAAGAGUCCUGGAGGAGCAGCAGAGCUUGAUGGAGCUCGGUAUCCGUCCUCACAGCUCCACGCGGAUGGAGCUGAGCUCCACGGAGCCGCGCUCCCAUCCUCUCCGUCUCGUCCACCCCCCAGAGCACGACAGCAUGCCAGAUGUUCUCACUGUCCAGGUCCAAACAGAUGAGGGCAGGGUCCAGGAGUUGGUGGUGGAGAUCGAGCGCUCCCACCAGCAGAAGGCCAUGCUGGGCGGUUACAGACACCGGCUGACCGGAGCAGAGUACCAUCACACUGGGGUCCAGACCCAGACCAGAAGACCUGACAAACUUGUGGGCGUGUUUAGCCGGGACACUCAGACAGUAGAGCUGAAGGAUCAGACUCAGCAGAGCUCCGUCAGCAUCUCCACCCAGAUGACUAGGACCGGCUGCUACGUCUCCUGUGUGAAUGACAAGCUGCUGAUUCCUGGGAAAUACACAACUGCUGAUCAAUACCACAACAAGAGGCUGAGAGCUGUCAUCUGUCUGCAGUCAUAUGCUCGACGCUGGCUUGCCCAGCAAACAGUAGACCGGUUAAAGAAAGAGCGAAAGCGGCGAUUGGAUUGGCUUGAACUGCAGAAUAAAAGGAGGGAGGAGGAGAAGGAGGAACAGUUGAGGGAUCGCCGCCAACGUUGGAAGAAGCCCCAGACAAGAAGCGACAUCAACCUGCAGUACUGCGCUCUGGAGAAGUGGCGGAGGGAAGAGGAACAAAGAAUAAACUCGUCCCUGCGGGGGGCUGAGAGGACGGCAGCUCUCCGCUUGCUGUUGGAGCAGGAGACAAGGUUCAUUGCUGAAAUCGAGCGUCAUUGCAUUUCCUUCCAAAACUACAAGCAUGAAAGACUCAUCAGGGACUUGCUGGACAAGUCUGCUGCUCCUCAUCAGUGGCGAGCUGAUGAUGGCCGACUGAUUGAGAUGGAAACUCAGGACUGUAUCAGAGCCAGAGAGCUGAGAGAUCUCUACGACAAUAUCAGCCUCAGCACCGGCAGCAAGGAGCAACGACUCCACCACCUGAUGGCGCUCAAACACACCCUCAUGGAGCAUGAUUGUCAGCUGACUCGGGAUAUUAUAGAGUUGAUUGACAGAGAGGUGGACCUGAUGGCCCGAGCAGUAAAAGCACACAAUCUUGAGGGACUGAGGAAAAGGAUCUGUACACUUUUCCUUCAGUUCAUCAAAACUCCAGCAUUCAACCCUAAAGUGGCCAAGCUGAAGAAAGGCUCCCAAACAGCCCUCCGCUCUAAGACGAAGUCCUCCCAGCCGGAGAAGGUCGUGAUUCUGUGCCGCGGCUGCCAUUGUUACCUGCGCUCUGCCAACUUCACCACGUCUGCCUGCGGCUGGCUGAGUGGUUGGUGUCAACACUGUGCUGGACUCGACAACAUAGCCAGAUCUCGUAAAGACUACAGUUUCUACAAGAACAUUCUGAAGAAGCUGAGAGACGAUGAGCAGCAGCUCAAUAAGAAUGCUAAGAUCCCCUUCCUGCUGCAGGUUGAGGACAUGUGGUACCUGGUAGAGGGAGUUUGGGCGUCCCGCUCAGCUCUCAGCGGCAGCAGGGACCUCUACAAGCUGGUGUUUGUUCGCUGGGACCGUCGAAGCGACUGGAGUCCCUGGAACUGUAUACUGCUGUGCAAAGAAGAGACGGCAGCUCACUUACAGUUGACUGACAUCCAGAAGGCGUACAAGAAGACAUUCAUCUGUGAGGUUGAACGCAAACACACAAUGGCUCGACGUCACUUCAGCAACCUCCCUGACAUGGUUAAGUGCAUGGACCCACAGCCAGAUGUUGCCAUGGGCGACACAUCUGCUUCCAAGUCUGUCACCAUGGCGACGGGCCAGCAUGCCUCUGACACCACAACAGUCAUGCCUCAUUAACAAAUACCUGGUGCAUGUGUGGGAUUUUUAACCGCUUU